AACUUGGCCACACGGUCCACACCAUAGAGUUUCACUAUGGUUUCACAAAGUUGAUCUUUAUUCUGUGGUUUCACACUAUUCUAUGGGCCACACGCAUGGCGUGUUUUCCUCCAUGCGUUUUAAUUUCAAUUUCGCUUUCACACUGCUGACGCUCAUACGUAAUUUGUUUCAUUUGAGACAGUUCAUUCUUUAGCUGCGCACACAAUGUCAAGUGGAGGCAGAGGUGUCAUCGUGCGGAUCUGGAAUAAUUUCUUGUCAUCCAUUACAACCAAACAGAGUCCGCACAGAGAAGUCGGUCGUGACCAUUUCGGCAACAGAUACUUUGAAAUUGCGGCCGAUCCCAGCAGAGGCAAGCGAAAGCCGAGGCGGUGGUUUGAGCCGCGCACUAAGGACAACUUCAACGCGGAUAUGCCCCCCGAGUGGGAAGCUUGGCUGCGGGCUCGGCGUUCCUCCCCUCCAACUCAAGAGUUCAACCAACGUUCUGCAGUGCGAAACGGGCUAGGACAGCCCAUCAGCGUCUCUCACACACGCGCAUGUUGGCUAGAGAGUAGAGACGCCGCUAGGUAUAGCACGGUCCCUGCGGCUGUCGCCGUCUGGUGGCCGCCGGUGAAAGGCAUCAUUCUCCGUGCCACCGCGACGCCCUCGGUCAGCACACUAGAAAUUGCCCACAACGAAGCCAUUAAGCAAUCAAAGCUACAAAAAGCUGCACUUCUUGAAAGGACGGCAAGAGAGGACCGUGAAAGGAGACAAACUGGUGUCAUCAACCCACAAUUGCCCACUGGCUUCCCCACAUAUGACGACUACAAGCAGACCGACACAGAAGAAACUCGUAGCUCCGAGGAACUCCCUGGGAGGAUCCCACCCAAGUAACCCAACUUGUGGUGCAUGCAGGCGCACCUAAAUAUAGGCCUCGCUCUCUCGCUGCAUUACGAUAGUAGAGGAGGAGAAUGUGCUGCUACAGGGCACCCGGAAGAUGAUUGAAACAUUUUUUUGUUAGUGCGGAGAUAACUUAUUUUUACUUGCAUUUAAUUUUAAGAGUGGACUAUUGAGCAAAUAUUGUUCGUAAUUCGUGUGCAUGCAACUGAAAUCUUUAUUUGAAUACACGAAUAAUGCAUAAUGCUCUCAUUGAGGAAAGGACUCACUGGCUUGGCAACAGUUUGUUGCAUUUAGAAGUUACAGCAUCUUAUGUUCAUAAUAAGAGCAUGCAUGAAAAUGACGUAAACUGCACAUGUUAAGAACAGAUACGGGCCAGAAAGUCGGUUCCUUUGAAGGCUCUCACUGCACUAUGCGGGUAUCCAGCUAUCUCAGCAACACCACUCUUGAAUACCUCGGCAAUGUAAAAUAAGGAGGAAUAGUCAUUAGCUGGAUCUUGUUAGAAGGGUACUCAAACACUACUCCACCACUGCAUUAUUAUGCCAAAAGAAAAGUUGAAUUAUAACCUUGCUCUCCUAGUUCACAAAAUAAUUUUAAAGGGUCACCAAACAGAACAAUUAUUUAGCAGUUAGCAAAUUACCCUUACCAAAAAAAAGGCACUCUUACCACAAGGAGACACUUGGUUGGCCAGAAAAGAUGCACGAAUGAAUGUUACCUUGAAGUUUUUAUCAGUGACGGCAGACUACACUGUAUUCUAAAAGAUGCUGACACAUCCUUCGUUCUACACACAAUUGUUUGCACACAAUUCUGUAAACAAGUCAUUCUUUGGGGGGAUUUCAGUUACCCUAGCAUAUGUUCGUCUGACCUGGCAUUAAUAUUGUCCAAAUCUAAUACAGAAAGUGAUUUCAUUGAUAUGUGUCUAACAUUUAGAGUUUCACAACUUGUUUCGACACAAACAAGAGUCGCCAAACAUUCAUCAAACAUUCUUGACCUCCUACUUGCAUCUAACCCCGACAGGUUAUUAUGUCUUUUGUACCUUAUGGUAUUAAGUGAUCGUGUCGUAAUGCAUACCUUUUUUAAUCUUCUAUUGCUGAAAACUAAAAAAAAGAAAGAGUUCAGCAGGUGUUACACUCUUGUAACACAAGAAGGCAAAUGCCUGCUGCACAUUUGGUAAUACAUGAAGUUACACAAUUCGGGUUAGACUUCUUUGUAAGACAUAUGGGUAAUGCAUUAAGUUAUACAGUCGGGGCUAGACUUCCUGCAAGAUAUAACGAGCUGCAAUGGGAAGUGCACGUGUGGCACUAAGGCAUCCUCCUCACUAAGGCACAGCGGCACGUGCUUCUUUCGCAGUGGCAUACUUGCACGGCCGUCCUCACGGGCCGCAAGAGCAUGCAUGCUCCUCCAUCGCUUUCUCAGGCCGCUCCAACUGUGACGUCAAUGCGCUGAGCAUGCGUGCCUGCUUUUCUGCGCAACAACACCUGGCGCGAGAGCAAUUACUAAACUUAAAAUUCGGCAGACACUUAAGACUGCUUCUGUGUGGGGAUGCAAAUGCAUUAUACCGUUCGUACACCUCGAGAACGUCGUCAACGCGUUGAUUUUAUACACUCGUGACAUGGCGCCACCUCCUCCGAACCGUCCCGUGUGCCACCCAAUGACACACGCACUAGUCAGCGAGAUGGCUGCAACGUGACGUGUGCAGUCAGACAUACACUAGGCACACCUUUAGUAAGCCAGUACCGGGGAGCAGCUGCGGCUUCAGGGAAGCGUGCUCGUCUUACACCCCGGAUGCAUGGGUUCGAUUCCCACCCAGACCGAAAUGUAGCAAAUUUUAUUUUCAAAGCCACUAAUUUACCAUGUUUACGGGAACCUCCCUGAGAAAUGCAUCGUUAAUGCAAGCAUUUUUUUACGUGUUUUUACUCUUUUUGGCAUCAGCCAUUUUUCAUUAUGGCGUAGUUUCGCCAAGGUCACUGCAAACAUAGACACCUAAGGCUUUCGCCUUAAAAAGCUGACACUUUACGAUAGAGGCAACUACACAGCUAUCAACGACGAACUUUUACUUUCUGUGACUAGUUCUUGACAUGUUUUUUUUUUUUUUUUUCUACGAAGUGUUGACACUAACUGGUGUCUUCUUAAACACAAGCUACACAAGUUAAUCGAAGUCUACAUUCCUACCAUAACAGUAACGAAACGAUCCCAUUCCCCAUGGUUUAUUACAACGUUAAAACAUCUUAGUAACUAAAGAAUUGACAAAUUUGGCAUGCAAAAGUAGUGGCACACCACUUGCUUGGGAACCUUAUUGCACCACUGAAGAGCUUUUUCUCUCACUCGCUGCUGAAACUAAGCUAUCAUUUUUCACUUGAACUUUACCUAAUCUGAUUUGUAGAAACCCAAAGAAGUUCUGGAAUUCAAUCAAAUCCCACCUCUUUAACAUUUUAUCGCUGUGUGACAAGCAAAAGCAUCCUAUUCCUGAGCAGGAUGUCACACGUGUACUGUAUUUUUCCGCAUAUACCCGCCUCCAGGGCUUUUCUUUUCCGCACAUAUUGUCAUGUAGUAGUGACGGUGAAGAAAACAGUUGCAAAACUGUGAAUGACGAAACUGACUUUUUAUUGGGCGAACCUGUGCCCGUUUACAAAAGCAAGUUACACUCGAAGCACAACGGCAGGUUUACGCUGCUUAUAAGAAAAACCCUUUGUUGAAGCUUAAAGAUAAACUCAAAAGCAAAACUGAAGAGAUGAAGACAGCUUUGCAGACAGCCAAAGAUAAGUUAUUUAGCAUGUUCCAUCUGCGUAUACAGAAAAAACCAAAAGAACUGUGGCAAUUUUUUAAAAUGAACAGUAAAGAUUUAUUAUCAAUACCGGCCCUUGAUAGCGACGGUGCUACCGUCUACAACGACAUUGAAAAAGCCGAGUGCUUUAUCUCGUUUUUCACUUCUGUGUACGCUGCUCGUGUUGACACUCAAAACACUGUGGCACGAUCCACCCCAGUGUUGGGUGAGCCCAUGGACGAUACCAUGAUCGACCAACGAGGAAUAGAGGCCGCUCUCACAACAUUGAAUGCGUCUAAAGCAACUGGGCCCAAUGCUUUGUCACCUGCACUGCUUUCUUUAUGCCCACAGGAAGGAUCCAAAUAUCUGUGCGUAAUCUUUACCAAAUCUUUACAAGAAAUCUCUUUACCAAAUGAUUGGAAACUUGCCAAUGUCGUCCCUGUGCAUAAGGGUGGACCAUGAAGUAGUGUUUUGAAUUACCGGCCUAUCUCACUUACUAGCGUUGCAUGUAAGAUACUUAUUCUUUCUGGGGUUUUACACGCCAAAACUAGUUCUGAUUAUGAGGCACGCCGUAGUGGAGGGCUCCGGAUUAAUUUUGACCACCUGGGGUUCUUUAACGUGCACUACAACGCAAGCACACGGGCGUUUUUGCAAAAAACUGGAUAGUUGGGCGAGUUGGUACGGUAACAUAUUCUUGGUAUAAGCGCGAAGAAAACACGGACGGUGGCGGAAGAAGAAAUGAUAAAAAUAGCGCUCGUCCUGUCUUCUUCCGCCACCGCCCGUGUUUUCUUCGUGCUUAUAACAAGAAUAUGUUGGCGUUUUUGCAUUUUGCCUCCACCGAAAUGGGGCCGCGGCGGCUGGGAUUCGAUCCCGCGAUCUCGUGCUCAGCAGCGCAACGCCUUAGCUGACUAAGCCACCGCGGCGGGUUCCAUGUAAGAUACUUGAGCUGGUGCUUUAGAGUAAUGUUAUGAGCCAUAAGAAUGUGCACUCCUUGCUCAGCCCCCAGCAGCAUCGAUUUCGUAGUGGAUUUUCCUGUACAACACAGCUGCUUGAGUUGACGCAUGAUUUAGCAGGAGCUUUGGAUAAGGGUUUUUCUGUUGACUGUUUGUUUCUAGAUUUUAAGAAGGUGUUCGAUGUUGUCUCUCACUCUUUACUUAUAGAAAAAAUAGAAAUGUAUAAUAUAAACAGUACGGUUGUUAACUGGAUAAAAGAAUACCUAAAUUUAAGAAAACAGAAAGUUGUGCUUAAUGGCAAAACAUCCCGUGAUGUUGAUGUGUCUUCUGGUGUGCCCCAAGGAUCAGUCAUACGACCGCUUUUGUUUCUCAUCUAUAUAAAUGAUAUCUGCUCCGGUAUUUCAUCGCAAAUCAGGCUAUCUGCUGAUGAUUGUGUUUUGUACAGGACUAUUCAUACUACCCAUAACUGCAAUGUUUUACAAAAUGACCUGUACAAAGUAAAUGAGUGGUGCAAGAAGUGGCACAUGCUCAUUAACUUGAAAAAAAAAAAAACGUUCAUAUGCGUUUUUCGAGGAAAAGACCAACUCAUGACUUCUGCUACUCUUUAAAUGCAACCAAGCUAUUAUCCUUUCAGGAGCACAAACAUCUUGGCGUUUAUUUCACACCUGAGCCGUCACAUUGAUCAUAUCACAACUAAAGCAUGCCGCGUUCUAGGUUUCCUGCGCAGAAAUGCAAAAAAUUUGCCACUUGAGACAAAGGUAUCAUUGUACUAAUCAAAUGUCCGAUCCGUUAUGGAUUAUGCUUGUGCUGUGUGGGAUCCAUGGUCGGCACGUGACGUGAACAGUUUAGAAAGAAUUCAAAGCAUAGCUGUUUGUUUUGUUAGUUCAAAUUAUACCAGGAAUUUCAGUGUUUCAAGAGCACUGAAAAAAAAAAUGAAAAAAAAAGCCUCGGUUGGGAACCAAUACAGCAGCGCAGGAAAUAUCUCAGAAUGAAACUCUUUCACAACAUAUUCCACUCUCGAACAGGGAAAUACUUUUUAGAGCCUGAUUACAUUUCUCCACAGCUGGACCAUGAAAAUAAGAUUAGAGAAAUAGCCUGCAAUACUGAAGCGUUUAAAAUGUCAUUUUUCCAAGAACCAUAAACCAAUAGAACAAGUUACCAUCUGAUGUCGCAACGAUUGUCUCAAACAAUGUGUUUUCAAACUCUACACGCCCACUGAAGUUAGGUAGUGUUUUUGUGUGAAUCUGCGAGCAUGAAAGUGUUCCGGGUACAUGUUCUUGUUUUAUUUAUUGGUUUUUUGUUUCCUCCCCCCCUCCCCCCUUGCUGUAAUGCCUACGGGUACUGAAGGUAUUGUCAUAAAUAAAUAAAUAAAUGAUAAAAUGAUA